AUGGGUGGAGGCGGAAAGAUCCCGUACCCCAAGGAAGUCUGGUCUCCAGCUGGAGGCUGGUAUGCUCAGCCUGCAAACUGGCGAGUCAACACUGCUAUCAUGGGCGCUGCUAUGCUUGGUGUUAUCGCGGUUACCUGGAGCAUCAGUGCCGAGCGUGAACAUCGGGACAGAAUGCCAGAGCCCGGCAGAUUCUUCCCUAGUCGCUAG